GCGGAUGACCUAUCCUUGCAAGAGAAACGUCAGGCACUCGAGAGUCUAGCAGACCCACUGAACUGGGAGAUGAUCGCCGCCAACCAGGUUGCACUGCAUCUUGAAGAUCUUGGAGCAAGCAGCAUUGAUCAAGUGCCACUCAACACCAGACCUGAGGUGUGCCUUCACUGCGCCAAACCUUUUGGCACGCUCUUGGCACUCCAGCAGCACAUCCAGACUUGCCACCGGACCUAUAGCUGUGUCAGAGAUUCCCAAGGAGGCACGGCGGUUUGUGCUCACUGUGGAGUUGACUGCAAAGAGCACUGGAAUCUUCGAGCUCAUAUUGACAAGAACCGAUGCUCGAACUUCAAUGUACAUCGACAAGACUCGACUGCCCUCAUCCUUGACAGGAAUUUGCACUUCCACCUGCUGCAAGGUGACAUCCGGACCCUUCUCACGACUCCGGAAGAUGCAUUCCACCUGACACAGGUCUGUACCAUAUGCAUGCAACAGUUCAGAAGGGCCAUUGACAUCUUACGACACCUCCAACAGAGUCAUGGGGAGCAUUUCCGGCUAGCAGACCCCUACCAUGCUGUCCUGCUGGAAUUCACCCAGAAGGAUGAUUGUGUUUGCAAUCCCUCACCCUGGCUGACAGCCGCACAGGCCAAUCGACACAGCUGCACGGCAUACCGCCAGUUAGCCAUCCUCCAUCACCACUUGAAUCCUGACCAUCGAUGGCUCAUAUUACCAAUUGCAUUCACAGAAGAAAUCCUCACCAGAGUUGCCACCUGGAACCCGGUCCUUCACAGCAAGGCUCCAGCACUGGUCCAACGACUCCUACGCCAAGAACUGCACCAGAUCUGGUCGGACCAGACCAUUUGUCAGGCCCUCAAAGAGCAUUGCAGCAUAUGCACAUGUCACAAGACGGAUCUUGUGGAGCACCUGACACACAAUCACAAGGCCUUCCUGAACGAAUUCCCUGCAGUGUUUCGAUAUCUAGCCAUGAACCUCAAACGGCUAGGACCUUGCUGCACCUCCAGCGCAAGCAUGGAGAACAUGGAGGGAGUGGUCCUGACGGAAGCCGACAGGCUCAGUCAAUUAGAGACCUCCUUAGGGGAAAGCAUCGACCAGCUCACCAGGAUGUUGGCCAUCUUGAUGAUCCGCCACGAAGACAGCCUGAACAGCUACCAGAGUCAGGACAGCUACAUCAUCCACUUCAACAGGACGACCAACGGCUUGAUCGACCACAUGGUGCAGGAAGCCAGUUCAUGGAACGAGAGGAUGAAAGCCAACACGGCGGACCUCCCGCCGUUGAGGGUGCAUCUUGCGAUGGGUCUCUCCCAUCAAAUGAUCACCCGCUUCAUCGAGUUCGGGAAAGCCAUCCAGGAUCCCAAGAUCAAGCAGGGAGCACUCUCGACACACCUCCUGCUGGAGAACAAUGUCUUCCCCUAUCUGAAGUGGGAUGCCCAUCGCAAGAUGACAGUACCAGACAACCGGCCGGGCAUCCCACUCAACGAGAUGGAAGCUCUCCUCCAACGGCUCCAGGUCUUGACCAAACUCAAGACCAACGUGGUCCGCUUCCACUCUCUGCAGAACAUGAGCAAGACCACGGAUGUGGUGCCUUGGAGGCUUCAAGUCUCCAUGAGGGACCAGGAGCUCAAGGAUGUGAUGGACAAGCUAGCAGCGAACUCAGUAUG